ACAACUUCCGGCUGUAAAGAUGGCGGCUUCCUAGAGAGUCGGCGGCUGAUUUAGAAGGCGGCUCAGGCUACGGUGAGCCGAAGGGAGGAUUCUGGCUUCCCCUGUCCGUGUUCCAUCUAGCCACACAGGAGCCAUGGAAGUGGCGGAGCCCAGCAGCCCCACUGAAGAGGAGGAGGAGGAAGAGGAGCACGCAGCAGAGCCUCGGCCCCGCACUCGCUCCAAUCCUGAAGGGGCUGAGGACCGGGCGGUGGGGGCACAGGCCAGCGUGGGCAGCCGCAGCGAGGGUGAGGGUGAGGCCGCCAGUGCUGAUGAUGGGAGCCCCAACACUUCAGGAGCCGGCCCUAAGUCCUGGCAAGUGCCCCCGCCAGCCCCUGAGGUCCAAAUUCGGACACCAAGGGUCAACUGUCCAGAGAAGGUGAUUAUCUGCCUGGACCUGUCAGAGGAAAUGUCACUGCCAAAGCUGGAGUCGUUCAACGGCCAGCAGAAAACUGAGCUUCCGGUCACAGAGAACGUGCAGACGAUUCCCCCGCCAUAUGUGGUCCGCACCAUCCUCGUCUACAGCCGUCCACCCUGCCAGCCCCAGUUCUCCUUGACAGAGCCCAUGAAGAAAAUGUUCCAGUGCCCAUAUUUCUUCUUUGACGUUGUUUACAUCCACAAUGGCACCGAGGAGAAGGAGGAGGAGAUGAGCUGGAAGGACAUGUUUGCCUUCAUGGGCAGCCUGGAUACCAAGGGUACCAGCUACAAGUAUGAGGUGGCGCUGGCUGGGCCAGCCCUGGAGUUGCACAACUGCAUGGCGAAACUGUUGGCCCACCCCCUGCAGCGGCCCUGCCAGAGCCACGCUUCCUACAGCCUGCUGGAGGAGGAAGAUGAAGCCACUGAGGUUGAGGCCACUGUCUGAAUCAUCCCUGUACAUCUGCAUCUUCUUGUGCAAGGAAGUCCUUGGCCUAAAGCCUUGGUUCUCAUACUGGGUUCCUUGGGACCUCUGGGGUCAGGGGGUUCCAGGAGGCACCUAGGGUACCUUGUGGGGUCCUAGGAGGGAAACCCAGGAUUCCAGGAGGGAUCCCAGGAACUGUGGGCACCCAUCUUCCGUGUUUCCCAGCCCAUUUCCACUCCUAGUUUGUCAUGGAUAAUUUUUGUUCUUCCCUGUGUGAUUUUUGCCAUCAAAAUAAAAAUUUGAGACUCGUUAACCGAA